UCCUACAUAAUGAAUUUGCUUUGCGGCAUAAUAACCGAGAAAACGAAACAUGGCGGAAGACGGACCAAAACCUGUCGACAUUGACACGAGUCGUUUAGACUCCAAGAGACAAACUCUUGACGAUGCUUACGCUGCUCCUGCCAAUUUUAUUGAAAUAGAUGUCUGUAAUCCUCAAACACAUGGUAUAGGGAACAAAAGAUACACAGAUUAUGAAGUCAGGAUGACGACGAAUCUACCAGUCUUCAAGCAAAAAGAAUCAACGGUACGGCGGAGAUACAGUGACUUUGAGUUUCUCAAGCAAGAGUUAGAACGAGAUAGUAAAAUUGUUGUUCCACCGUUACCAGGCAAAGCUCUUGGUAAACAACUUCCAUUUCUAAAGAAAGGAGACGGUAUAUUUGAGGACGACUUCAUCGAGGACCGGAGGCAAGGUUUAGAGGAUUUUAUUAAUAAGAUUGCGGGACAUCCGCUUGCCCAGAAUGAGAAGAUCCUUCACAUGUUUCUACAAGACAAGGUGCUGGACAAGAAGUAUGUACCAGGCAAAGUCAGGAAUACGUAACCCCCAACCAUGUGCACGAUACAAAUACACAGGCCCAAACAAUUACUCCACCUGUAUGAAUUACUUGUACAAGAAACCUUCAAGAAUUUGAUUGGACUCUGACUUUAUACCUCAGUCACAUUUGCUCUACGGCGGCCUUAUGGCGAGUCGAAAAUGGGCGUUUUAACAUUUUUGUACCAGCUACAUACAGAUGGUUUGAAUAAAACAGCGAGUUGAAAAUGGCUGUUUUAACAUUAUUUGUACCAGCUACAUACAGAUGGUUUGAAUAAAACUGCUAUUGUCGACUCGCUGUAUGGCUGCCGUGGGGGAAAUGCGACUGCUGCAUUAGGUUUUUAGAGUUGCGAUUGAUUGCAACUCUAAAAAUCAUGCGCAACUUGAUUUUCAACCAAUCAACAGUGCGCAUUUGGGACUAGCGAUUGAUUUUUUUGACUUGCGUUUAAACGUAACUCUUUCUGCAACAGACCCCAGAUGAUGACCCCAACCAUCUUUUCGGCUUGCGUUGGUUAUGUUUCUCUCGCUAUCUUACUUUUUAGUAUCGACUGAUUAAAUUGCAUUUGAUUGGGGAUAUUCGGGAUCCUUCAUAAAUGAUAUAUUUGCUCAUGUAAAUAUAGGAGGGGUUACAGUAUUAUACAGGCGCGUAUCCAGCAUCAGAUCCUACAAAGCAUUUCAUCUGCCCAGUUGUCUGCGGACAAUAGUGACUCUAUUAUGGUUUUGCAUGGGCCCAUACAUUUAUUUGUCAUAGUUGAUGCUGAAUACGCUAGUGUUAUACCCAGUGAAGUGUUUCAAAUUAAAAGGCCUAUAAACCUAGUCAUGAGGCCUGCCUAUUUGCAAAAUAAAUACAAGUAGUCUCUGGACAUUCAUAUCUGCUCUUAUGCCUGGAAUACAGAACAAAGUUGUAUUAAACCCAGGUACUAGAUAUUUCAUUAAUUGCACUUCAAAAUAUUUGAUUAGCCACUUUUUGACAGUUCAUCUGUGUAUGUAUAUUAUGUUGAUAGCACUUAUAAUUUUUUUGCAAUGCCGAAUCUGGUCUCAUGACAAUUUAAUAUUCCAGUGGGAAAUAUGCAGAUAAAGUCGGACAUUAUAUAACCUAAUCCUAACCCUCUCCCUACAUCCAGGGGCCCUGUUGCAGAAAGAGUUGCAAUCAAUCGCAACUCUAAAAAUCAUGUGCAACUUGAUUUUCAACCAAUCAACAGCGCGCAUAUGGGACUUGCGAUUAAACGCAACUCUUUCUGCAACGAACCCCUGAUCACAUACACCAUACCACCACCCUAUUAAUCUCUAACCCUAAGUUUGUAUCCAGUUGUAUUACUAUUUAUCUGAUCUAAUUGCCACUUGGUCAAACUAUCCUUUCAUCUAGUGAUCUGGGCCGCCCUCUUACAAAGAAUUACGAUUAAUCCAAUCAACCACAGCUAUGGAAAGCCAACAAUGUCAACAUCUAAAAUACAUGUUUGUUUAGAAUAUUUUCCAGAUAUGAUGUAUAUGUAUACUCGUAUAUUCUUAACUUUUGUUGAAAAAUUCACUAUGAUUCUCUUUGUUUACAAACGACAUUGUGCAAAUUUCCUGAAGAAAAAAUGACGACAUUGAUUAAUUUCCAAAUACUUGAGGUUGAUCGGAUCAAUCAUAACUCUUUGUAAGACGGGACCCUGGUCUUCUACCUUUGACUACUUAUUUUGCUCUUGAAAAAAAUUGAAGUUUUAUUUAUGUACAGUUCUUUUAAUCAUACAGAUUAUUAAAGUGGUUUUACUGUAAGUGGAAAUUUUUACAGCCUAACUGGAAAUAAGAAAAAUCAUGGUAAAUCGCUAAAUGGCAAUUAGACAAAAUGGUUAGAUCAGUUGUUGUAGACCAACUAGGAUUAAACCAUGGCGGGACGAGACUUGGAUAUUAGACCUAACAGGUCCCAAAAGCGAAUAUGGAAACAAAAUUACAAUUUACCAGACACUUGUCUUAAAAAAAGAGAGGAAGGCUUGAGUAACUGUAUCCUCUAAUUGUCUGAGAAACUGAGAAUAUUUUUAUUAUAUAAUUUCAUCUUCAACCAAUGUAAAUGCCAACCCAGCACUGCACAUUUUUUCAUUAGAUUUGAAUUCACACACCAAAUUUCUUUUUUUUAAUACUCUGAGUGCACACCCAGACCAAGUUUCUAGAUUUUUUUUUCUUUUUACUGUAGUGUAUUUAUUAAUGUAAUUUGAUUUGUUCUAUUAUAAUCAUUUGUCAAUGGUGAAAUAGAGAAGAAACUUAUUUUUGUACAAAAGCACUUGCAUCAGCUAGCUGGAAUUCUUUUGCCUCUAAUUCAAGCACUCACUUGUUGAUGUAAGCAGUGUGAUGUACAAAUACGAAUGGUUGUUAACAAUGUAUAAAAAAAAGAUGAUUAUGCAUAAUAGUGUUUAUAUAUCAGUGUGAAAUGAUUAUGAUUAUGAAAUGUGUUAUUUUUCUCUAAGAAUGUAUAGUUUGUGUGUUGUGUUCGGUAUAUCAUGAUUAAUGUACGUCUUCAAAUUCUGGGUUUAUUUUUUUGUGGAACUAACGUGUAUGGUCACUUUCUCAAGACGUGUAUUUUUUUUUUGCAUGUAAAUGUAUACUUUGUAUUAAAGGGAUGGUCUGGGCGGAAAAUAUUUACAUCUAAAUAAAUAAGAGUAAAAUUCACAGAGCAAAAUGCUGAAAAUUUCAUCAAAAUCAGAUAACAAGGAACAAAGUUAUUGAAUUUUAAAGUUUCUCAAUAUUUUGUGAAAAAGGUUAUAUGCACAUUGUUGUGAAUAUUCAUUAGGUGGGCUGAUGAUGUCACAUCUCCACUUUCCUUUUUCUUAUGUUACGUUACAUGAUUGUUUCACUUUUUCUGUAAAUGUGAAAAUGACGUGUCCUCAUUAUGCUGAAAUAAGUUGCGGCCAUAAAUAACUAAUGCACUUUAAUCAGUUGUCAAUCCAAUUGUUUUAGUUUUUGGUAGAAAAUGUUUUUAAUAAAUCAAAUUUCCUACAAAAAGCAAGUGGGGAUAUGACAUCAGCCCACCUAGUGAAUAUUUAUAUAAUAUUGACUGGCCUUGAGGGAGAUACCAAAUAUAUUUCCAAAACUAGUCUCAUAUUGCCCCGAGUCGCAGACGAGGGCAAUAUGGGUCUAGUGAGGGAAAUAUUUUUGGUAUCUCCCGAAAGUAACGCCAGUCAAUAUUAUUAUUAUUACCUGUUACCUCUUUCUGGUACAUUAAAUUAACAUAUUGAUAGAUUAUAUAACUAAAUUGUUGGACUUACCUUGGUCAAACCUCUAGUGUCAAUUCUGCACUUUACCAUUAUGACGUACUUACAAGUGCUCGGAUCCAGCGUUGUCUUUAUUAUGACGUAUAUUGUUGGUGCGCGGAUCCUUAUGAAGCGUAUCUCUAUACGCAUCCACAAAUGCGCUGGGGAUUGAUGAGCUCGGAAUACGGAUAUUAUGGACCGCUAAUUAUUGUAUGUAGGUGUAGUAGGAAAAUUACUCUUCGGGGAGGAGGGGUGUACGAUUAUGGUCACUCGUCAUUCAGCUGAUCGCUGACCGAGCCAUUGAGACGUAGUUUAUGUUGAGUUAAUCAGUUAGACAGACAAAAUACGCGUUUAUAUCAUGUCUCUAAAAUGCCUCAUUCAGGUAAUAAUCAUGAAGACAUGCCUAGAAUUGUUUCACUGCAAUAAUGCAAAUCCUUAAAAUUCAAUAAC